AUGUCCGAUCAUCAAUACGAAUUCAGUGUCCAGAUGGGCUGCGGAGGAUGCUCGAAUACCAUUCGGGGAGCUCUCCAAAGUUUGCCGGGUUUAAAGUCUCUCGCGAUCAGCCUCGAGGAACAGAGUGUUGUCGUAGUUGCGGAGCCCUCGCUUUCCUACGAAGCCAUUCUCGAAGCCAUCAAAGAGAAGGGGAAGAAGGUCCGCAGAGGCCAGGUAGAUGGAGUUUCCCGGCCCGUUUGA